AUGGCCCGCCACCGCCGCAGCCGCUCCGUGCUGGCCGUGCUGGAAGACGACGAUCUCCUCUGGGAGAUACUCCUCCACCUCCGGUCGCAGCCGUCCUCCCUCCUGCGUACCUCCAUCGUUUGUAAGCGGUGGCGGCACCUCGCCGCUGAUCCUAGGUUCCUCCGCCAGUUCUAUCAGCAUCAUCGGAAGCCGCCCCUACUUGGCUUCUUCGAGUACCGCGAAGGCAUCAUCUUCACUCCAGUUCUGGACCCUCGCGACUGUAUCCAUCCCGUCCGCUUCGAACUUUUACGAUAUGACGGCUACCACGACGAUGACAGCGUGCUCCGCUUCCCCAUUGAGAACUAUGUGCUCGGGUGCCGCCACGGCCUUGUUCUCAUUGGAGACCAUUUCCGGAGAGAGGUCAUUGUGUGUGACCCCAUCACUGGCAAGCAGUGCCCUGUGGCCAUCCCUUUGGAGUUACAGAGGGAGUGGUACAACGGGGCCGUGCUAUGCGCUGCCCGCGAUCAGGGCCACAUACACGGCACAUGUCAUUCGAGCCCCUUUAAGGUGGUUUUGGUGCCCAUGUACAGAAAAUACGGAUCUAUUUAUGGCUCGCCCAUCGCCCGUGUUUAUUCCUCGGAGACUAACACAUGGAGUGGUCUCAUCUCUAUAGAGGCUUCACGUAAUAACUGUGUUUAUUUUGGUCCUAGCACCCUUGUUGGUAGUGUCCUUUACUGGCCUUCACACAAUUAG